UUUCCCUCUCAUAGUCAAAGGAAGGAUUGAUUCCUUUGGGAAGAGACACAAAUCACUUCAAUUUGAUCAAGAGGGCUAAGGAUACAGCCUCCUCUUGAUUUAGCCACUUUUGAGUUUCUUUCUUUUUUGUCCUGACAAAGAAAAAUCGGAAAAAAUAAGAAGACGAGAGGAGAAAAGUUGUUAGGUCAUGAUGACAUUUGAUAUGAGAUCUGCUUGAUCGCACCAGCUGCUCCCAGGAAACAUUAUCGGCAGCACAGAAAAGACGUCUUGCUUUUUGUUUCCACUUUGCGUCUUGGUGACACCGGGAUCUGUCCUGGUUUCCAAACUCCUUCCCAUCUCUCUCUCUCUUUCUCUCAAGCGCGCGCGCGCUCUCUCUCUCUCUUUUACGCACGGGAGGUGGGCACCUGAGAACACUACCAACGGGAAGAGAGUGCGAAAGAUCCCGGUUUCAUGUUUGGGAUUCAGGAGAGCAUCCAAAGGAGUGGGAGUAUUUUGAAAGAGGAGCCCAUCGGAGCCGGCAUGAACGCAGUCCGAACAUGGAUGCAAGGCGCCGGGGUGCUGGAUGCGAACACGGCCGCGCAGAGUGGAGUGGGACUGGCCCGGGCGCACUUCGAGAAACAGCCGCCUUCAAAUCUUCGCAAAUCCAACUUCUUCCACUUCGUUUUAGCCCUUUAUGACCGACAAGGACAGCCGGUGGAAAUUGAGAGAACCUCUUUUGUCGGAUUUGUGGAAAAAGAGAAGGAGACUACAGGAGAAAAGACAAACAAUGGCAUACAUUACAGACUGCAACUUCUCUACAGCAACGGCAUCAGAACAGAGCAGGAUUUUUAUGUAAGACUAAUUGACUCCAUGACUAAACAGGCCAUCAUAUAUGAAGGUCAGGACAAGAAUCCGGAGAUGUGCCGUGUGCUCCUGACUCAUGAAAUCAUGUGCAGCCGCUGUUGUGACAAAAAGAGUUGCGGGAAUCGCAACGAGACACCCUCGGAUCCCGUCAUCAUCGACAGAUUUUUUCUCAAGUUUUUCCUGAAAUGCAAUCAGAACUGCCUGAAGAAUGCAGGAAAUCCACGGGACAUGCGGCGCUUUCAGGUGGUUGUGUCGACGACAGUGAGCGUAGAAGGACAUGUUCUGGCUGUUUCGGAUAAUAUGUUUGUGCACAACAACUCCAAACAUGGCAGAAGAGCUCGGCGACUGGACCCGUCAGAGGGAACACCAUCAUAUCUGGAACACGCUGCACCUUGUAUCAAAGCCAUCAGUCCCAGUGAAGGCUGGACAACAGGAGGUGCUACUGUUAUCAUCAUCGGAGACAACUUCUUUGACGGGCUGCAGGUCAUCUUCGGAACCAUGUUAGUCUGGAGUGAGCUCAUCACACCUCAUGCCAUCAGAGUUCAGACCCCUCCACGUCACAUCCCCGGGGUCGUAGAGGUCACGCUCUCCUAUAAGUCCAAACAGUUUUGCAAAGGCACACCAGGAAGAUUCAUCUACACAGCUCUGAAUGAACCCACCAUAGACUACGGUUUUCAGCGGUUACAGAAGGUGAUACCUCGGCAUCCAGGAGACCCUGAACGCUUGCCAAAGGAAGUGAUUUUGAAGAGAGCAGCAGAUCUAGUGGAAGCACUUUAUGGAAUGCCUCAUAACAACCAGGAAAUCAUUCUUAAGCGAGCAGCAGACAUUGCUGAAGCUCUGUACAAUGUGCCACGAAACCACAACCAGCUCACCGGCCUCACCAACAGCUCCGUCCAUGCAAGCAUGAUGGGAGUGAACUCCUUCACUGGACAGCUCGCCGUUAACGUCUCAGAGUCGUCACAGGGUGGAAACCAGGGUUUCAGUCGUAACACGAGUAGCGUAUCACCACACGGAUAUGUGCCCAGUUCUACCCCUCAGCAGAGCAGUUACAGUACGGUAUCCACCAGCAUGAACGGCUACGGCAACAGCGGCAUGACCAACCUGACCGGCUCCCCGAGCUUCCUGAACGGCUCUGCCGCCAACUCGCCCUACGCAAUCGUUCCCUCCAGCCCCACCAUGGCCUCCUCCACCAGCCUGCCCUCAAACUGCAGCAGCUCCUCUGGAAUCUUCUCCUUCUCUCCGGCAAACAUGGUUUCAGCUGUGAAACAGAAGAGCGCGUUCGCUCCUGUCGUUCGGCCCCAGUCCUCACCUCCACCUACAUGCACUAGCACCAAUGGGAACGGUCUCCAAGAUCAGUCUUUUGUCGACUCUAACAAGUACUCCACAGCCAGCGCGCUCCAGGGCCUGGCCUUCUCCUGAAUUAUCCCUGGAAUGAUCGUUCCUCCAAUGUAGGGUGCGUGUGUGUGUGUGUGUGUGUGUGUGUGUGUGUGCAGACGGAAAGAUGAAACAUGCUCUUUCAUGCCACUGGUCUCACUGAGCGUGUGCAGAAUACUCCGGCGCUGGACUGACCUCGUGGCCCUGUUCUGAAGGAUGAAAAACUACAAACUCAGGCCCUUUUUAAACACAAUCUGCUUUGAAACAAAAAGAUAUAGAGGAAGAACGAUACGAGAAAAAUAUCGAACUGAACUGUUGUACCUCCCUGUUUUGAUGUUGAAAUUUGUACUCACCUUCUAGACACUUUUUAAGAUAAGGGGCGACAGCACAAAUGAUGCUCACCCGCCCCGUCUACACUAUAACAUGAGAGGUAUAUUUAUUUUAAAAACGUAGUUAUUGAUUUGCCAUCAUAUUUGUGUGUUUCUGUGUGUACCACCCUUUUAUGAAAUGAUACCUGACACAAUAUUGCAGUGGUUUCUAUUUAUGAUUUUAGAUGAAGGAUUGCAAGUGAUUUUUGCGCAGUAAUGUCCCACUGAAUUUGUGAAAUUGCAUUUGAAUUUGAAGUCAAUCAGUCUACAAAAUGCCAGCAAUGUAAACUCAUAUUAAAAAAUUAAUUUAUGCCUUUUUUUUUUUUACCAUGGUUAAAAACCGAUUCAGAGCUGAGAAACUCUUUUUGUCACUGUCUUGAUUUUCACAUUCAUAUUCCAUUUGUUGAUAUUAUGCUGCCUUCAAGUCCUUCUGGGAAGUUUAGAUUCGAAAAACUUUUCAAGAGACUUUGGUUGGGAAAAAUGGGCAUGUUUGGCAAUUUCAUAUUUCUCUCUUUUUAAACUUAACGGUAAGCUUUUUAGCACCACUGCAACAAAACUAAAGGGAUAGUUUUCCCAAAAAAUGAAAAGUCAUCAUUUACUCACUCUCAAGUUGUUCCAAACCUGUUUGGUUAUUAAAAUAUCUUUUGUGUUCAACAGGAGAACAAAAUUCAUGCAUGUUUGGAACAACUUGAGGACAUAAAUGAUGACCAAAGGAUGCAUGUAAAGUGUGUACCUGAUGUUUUAUGUAGUUUUUAUAGUUAUUCCUUCAAAGAUUGAUAGUUUUGUCGCAUAAAGUAGUGUUUUUGGUUUAGCUUUAUUGCUAUUCUUGAUCCAUAGCACACAAACUGCAUAUUAACAGUCCAUUUUCAAAGUUAUUAAGAUCAGUUUGUUUCCUCAAUGAUUUGAAUUGGCAGAGCACUAACUCAGAAAGACUUAAGUAAAAGAAACUAAAGUUUCUCACUGGAGAUCAAGAUAUUGCUUUGAUAAAUCUGCCAUGACUUGAAGGCAACAUUUGACAUUUCAUGCUCAUCUCAAGCCAGUUGUAUCAUUAUGUAAUGCCUAAAUGUAUAGACCAAACACUUACCCAUAGUAACACUUACAGAGACAAGGCCGUCAAAAAUCCCAAAAAGCGAUUGCUGCCUUCUUUUCAUAACUACUCUCUAUGGAGGAUCUGCAGUGUCAAAAACAAAAACGCAAAUUAUUAGUGUUUCAUGCCAUUUUAAUGACCUUUUUUUCUUUUAAUUUGUUUGUGUUGUUGAAAAAAACUGUGAUAACUUUUUUUUAUACUUUAGUUUGCAAUGGACUUCCUCCAGUAGAUAAUGUUCAGACUGAACCGACUGAAAGGUCGAGGAGGAAGACAAUUAAGUAUUGGAGCUGUUUUGCUUUUCUUUUGUAGUUCAGUGGUUCUCAACUGGUUUUACCUUUGAGUUUGCCCAACACAGCCCUGAAAUUAUCAUGCAAAAGUAAUGAAAAUGUUUUUAAAAUCAACACUGAAAUGCAUUCAAAUCACUAUGCACAUUAUAUGAUUUUGAUUUACCAAUGUUCUUCCCGCAACUGUUUAGACCUGUUGGCCAUUUUUAGGCCCCGUCCCACCAGUUGAGAACUACCGAUGUAGAUCAGUCUGAGUGUAUGUUCAGGAGAUGAAGGGUUUGGAUGUUACGGCAUAGUCAGCACUGUGAAAUCUCUGUACCCUUCUCACGAAUGAUCCGAGAUCUAGAUGAAGCCAUUACAUUGGAUUCUGGCGUGUAUGCUUUGUACAGACUGAUAAAUAUGUUUGAUUUUAUAAUUCUCUUUUAUUUUGCCAAAGUCAUUGUUUUAAAUAUAUUUAUACAUCAGAAUGGAGUCAUAAGGCAGCUUUAACCUAGACAACCUAGUGUCACUGAUAUAAUGUUUACGACAUGCUUAGCAGAUCUCAUUGACUUUAGUUCUGAGAUUUUGAUGAUCACGAAGGGAUAUAUGUAGGAUAUCCAUAUGAAUAUUGUAUGUAUGUAUCGCUUGAAAUUGUACAUGCUCCAAACUGUCUUCAUGUUUGCGUGUUUUCACUCAUUAUGGCGAUGAUCUGUUUUUAUUUUGUCAUCUGCCAAGUUGUGUCCAUAAAUGUGAUUUUGGAAUUUUAUUUGUAUAGUAAUUUUUGUAUGUCGAAGAACAACUUUUUUUUUUUUUGGCCGUUCGCACAGAGCGAUUGGAUUAUUAUUAUUUUUUUUCUCUAUGAAAAUGUUAUACCAUUUUGUUACAUUGAUUUUGUUUCAGAUGGCAAGAUUUGUUAAAUAGUUUGUAUUUUAAUGCAAUGAAGUUUGAGAGUAUAUUCAACAUGUAAACAAUAUAAUCUUUUAAUUUUGCUUCUCUGGACCUUGCAGAGAAAAGGAUAGUUAUUGUUUUCAUGCUCAGCAAAUAUACAGUAAUAUCUCCCUGUUUUUGAAUAUUUUCUCUCCGGAAUUAGCUUUUUUAAAGGGAAAAUAAUACACUUUUUUUUUUUUUCCCCUUUAUUUCCCUUGUGAAUAAUUCCACAAUCCUUGUUUUUUUUUUUUUUUUUUUUGUGGAAGUGUACCAACAAUCAAAUGUCUUAAUGCAGAUUUCUCUUUUUUACAUUAUUUAUUUAUUUUUUAAAAAAUUAUUUUGAUAGUUUGGUUAGAUAAAAAUAUAAAUGAACAAGUUAAACUAUGGAGUAACAGCACAAGAGUCUAUACAGUUAUUCGCGCAUUCAUUUCAUUCCAUGACACUCCUCUCCACUGUCAUGUCUUAAUGAGUUUCAUCCUUUUUUUGUUCCAGUGCAUCACAUCACAAAACUUUCUGUGUUUCUUGAACAUCUAAGUCGGUAUAUGUGGCUCAUUUCUUUCUGAAUCGUGGCUUUUCCCAUUAUUUAAAUGGACAUCAAUUGCAAAGUUAUCAUUUGAUGGCUACAUGAUUUAUUGAUUAAAAUGUCACGCAUCCAAAUUGACAAGUCAUCUGCUACUAUUUUUCCUGUUGAUUACAUACUUGUUGUAGACUGGACUUUCAGUGGGCAGUUAUUACUGGUGAAAAAUAUAAAGAGAAACUACUGUAAAGAUGAUCAUUUUUUAAAUUACCUUUGAACUGUAAAAUAACUUUUUGACUUUCACAAUAUUUAAUUAAAGUUUCCUCUUGUCUGUGA